ACGAGACUGCAAUAGACAUCAUGGCGGCGCCCGAUCCCAAACGUCGAAAGCAUUUCCACAAUAAGGAGUCGGAGGAAUUUCCGGUGAAAUUCCCAGAUAUAAUCAUUUUCAUUGUAAAUGCAAGGAUCCAGAAAAUACGAUUGAAGAAACUCCGGUAUCUUGGACGAUCUAAGGGAUUCGUAUUAUCGCCUGAACUAAAUGAAUCUGUAACCCACGUUGUGUCAGAACUGAGCUCCCGAGACCAUGUCAUCAGUGUUCUUCAGAGGAUCUGCCGGUCGCAGCGGAAUAAUGAAUUUAAUGCCUUUGAAUUUGCACAGAAGGCAGAACUGCUUUCCCUCAGCUGGUAUACAUCGUGCAUGGAAGAAGAAAAGCCAGUGGAGAUCACGGAUGAACACAGAAUACCUGCUAAAAAACUGCUUGAUCUUGAUGCUUUAGAAGAACAAGAAGGUGAGGAUAAACCAAUUAAUCGCAGGUUUGCCUGCCAGAGGAUAACCCCACUCAACCAUCCGAAUAAGAAAUUCACAGAUGCAUUAGAGUUUCUAGAGAGAGCUGCAGAACUGCGGAUGGGAGAUAAUAGUCGCUCAAGAGCCCUGGCGUUCCGUAAGGCGUCUGCUGCCCUCAAAGCUUUACCGGAAGAGGUCACGAAGCCUGAAGAUGUGGAUAAAUUGUAUGAAAUUAGGGGAGGAAACCACUGCAAACGGGUGAUCUCGGAUAUACUUGAGAAAGGGUACAGCUCAGAAGUCAAAGGAAUUAGCCGCAGCCCUUGGUAUCAGAACAUGUCGCUCUUUACAGGUGUAUAUGGAUGCGGUAUAUCUACGUCAGCUAAAUGGUGUCAGAUGGGAUUAAGAAGUCUGGAUGAUGUGAAGGCUAGUUAUGUUCUUAACCUGACAAGGUCACAACUAAAAGGUAUCGAGUUUUAUGAUGAAUUAAACACACUUGUCACAAAGGAAGAAGCAGCAUGGAUCCAUGAUGCUGUCUCUCGAGAAGUAGCAGCCAUACGUCCUGGUAGUACUGUUGUUAUGACUGGUGGGUUCCUCAGGGGAAAGGAGACGGGUCAUGAUGUUGAUUUCUUGAUAUCCCAUCCCGAGGAAGGCAAAGAGAAAGACAUCCUUGGACCUCUUCUCCAAGCCCUCACCAAGAAAGGUCUCCUGGAUUACACUGACAUCCAGAACAGCACUGUCAACAACACCACCGUCCAAAAGGGUGCGGAUCCGUCAAGGUACACUCUUGAUCGUUACGAGCGUUGCUUCAGUAUCUUCCGUCUCCCGAAGACUGCGCAGAGUAUCCGUGUCGAGACCUCAGAUCCAGAAAGAACUGUUGAGCAGAUUCCUGCUGCGAUGGAUGUAGAUCCUGCAUCCGAGUCAUCCGAUGCUGCGGCUUCCGCAAAUGGAUCAGUCAUUCCAGGUUUAUCCUUGCUUGACAAGACAAACGGAAGUGCCACUUCGGAAGGUGAUAUCUUGCAAAAGACUGUAGCUCCUGGUCGUUCCUGGGUGGCCAGGAGAGUGGACUUUGUCAUAGCUCCUGCGAGUCAGUAUGCCUUUGCUCAACUUGGAUGGACGGGUUCAAAGAUGUUUAAUCGCUCGAUGAGGGAUUAUGCCAACAAAGUUUUGAAUAUGAACCUCUCAAGUCAUGGGCUGUUUGAUAAGACUAAUAAUUGUUCCUUGACUGCCAAUACAGAGGAAGGGAUCUUUGAGUUGCUCAAAUUGGAAUACAGGAAACCAGAGGAGAGGAACUGCUAAGGUAUGGGAAUUCAGUGGAUCUACCAGAGCAUCUUGUUUCGCAUGCUGACUUGUAUAAAAUUAAUGAUGAGCAUGUUCGUCUGGUGUUUGAUGUAGAAACCUAUGCCAGAACUACAUUUAUGGCAAGGUGUAAUUUUGAUUAUGAUAAUAAAUCUUGAUAAUAAAUCUUAUGCUCAAUGUUUAGUGCUAUUGCAUUUAUAAGCAAUAAGCUUUGUCAAAAUGUCAGCGCACUGGUAUACAUGUGCGAUCAGUGUUAAAUUUAGUGCAAGUGUAUCAAAGAUUCCCUUGUACAUCUAAGAAAUUUAUAAGAUAAGUGCUCAUAAAAGGGUGUUGAUGUUUGGUGUUAAUAAAGAUAUCAUAAACAGAAAGCAUUUACAGAAUACUGCCUAGGUGUAAAACUCAACAUGGGUCAAAACUGACAUGACAUAUAUUUCCUUUGAGAUAGAUUUUAUCAAUAAUGAUAUUUUUAUAAUUCAAUUUAUAUAUAUGUAUAGUGGUUUAUCUAGCACACUAUUUUACAAUAUACCCCACCCUGGUGUUGAAUGGAUUGCUACAUGGUGAUGAUAUAGUUGUUACAACAUAAAAAGUGAAUAUAUGAAUGGUUUUCAAGUGUCAGUGAGAUUGUGUAACAUAUUGGCACUUACUUCCUGUUUAACGUUUAAAGGUCAAUUCCACCUCAUAAAAAUUUUGAUUUGAAUCAAUAGAGAAAAUCAGACAAGCAUAAUGCUGAAAAUUUCAUCAAAAUCGGAUGUAAAAUAAGAAAGUUAUGACAUAAAGUUUCGCUUAUUUUUCACAAAAUAGUUCUAUGCACAAUUUAGUUACAUGCAAACUAAAGAAUCGAUGAUGUUCCUCACUCACUUUUUCUUUUGUUUUUUAUCGUUCAAAUUAUACAUUAUUUCAAUUUUUGCAGAUUUGACAAUAAGGACCAACUUGACUGAACCAUAAAUUGUUAAGCAAUGGUAAUUCAACAUGUUCAGGGAGAAAUAAAACUUUGUUUCACAGGACAAUGAGGAGAAAAUUAGAAUAUUUCAUAUUAUUUCAUAUAAUAAAAUACAAAGAAAUAAUGAGUGAGUGAUGUCAUCAGUUCCCUCAUUUGCAUACCGACCGGGAUGUGCAUAUAACUUAUGUGAAAUUAAGCGAAACUUUAAAAUGUCAAAAGUUUCUUAUUUUACAUCCGAUUUUGAUGAAAUAUUCUUGUUGGAUUUUUCUCUUUUAAUUCAAAUCAAAUUUUUGUUGGGGUGGACUUGUCCUUUAAGAAUUUGAAAACUUCUGAACUGAACUUUAGUAUGUCUUGCCUUCUCUAAACAUGAUGUUUUAAUUGUGAUGAAGAUGGUACUUUUAUAAUUCCCUUUAAAAUUCUGUGGUUUCAAAGAGAUUGAAUAUAAGUGAGAACAGUGAUCUUACAGGGUCCAUAUGUAAACCAAUUAAAGCUUUGCUGUGCAAGAAAGGCUUUUACAUUUUCCAACAUUUUCUUAUUGAGUCUCUUCUUGAUUCCCCAUUUUGUCUUGUUUUUUUUUUUAAUAUAUUUUAUUUGCAGCUGAAAUUCUUCAUGCAUUACCAUUUUUUUUGCAUCAAUUUUGUUUUCAGAUCAUUCAUUCCUUUAUUCUUACUGCAAUUAUUUUUACUUUCUGCUGAUUUAUUUGCUUUCAAAAACUUAAUUGUUUUGGUUAAGUUUUUGUUCUGCAUAUUUUUUUCCUGCAUGUUUUUCCAUUGUUAGGUCUGAAGGAACCCUACUAACCCAAAAGUCACGUAUUUCAUUAAAUAAUCCUGCAAGCAUCUUAUCCCCGUCCUCACAUUAAUUGUAGAUAAAACAAUGCAGAAUAACAGGUAGCCAUAAUGAAAGACUCAUAACCCCUUUCAAUUAAAAAAAAAAUGAAAUAAGAAAAAAAGCCAGGUGCAAUGCAUUUGCCAUAAUAGCAUUCCUGCCUUCCCACUAGUUUUUGUUUAUAAUGAUAAUAAUAAUGAUAAUAAUACAAAGGAUUUAUAUAGCAUCUUUAUGAAGCAAUAAGACACCUGCAGGAUUCUUGCUUUGAAGACUUGGUAAGGUCCCUGUAAUCUUUCCACUGUCUUUGCUUGGAUCAAAUGUCAAGAAAUUGAUUUGCCUCCUUUGCUAAGGUGCCAGCUACAUGUAGCAUCAUGAGAAAAAUUUAAAAAUAAGUUUUCUCUUAUUCUUAAAAGGUAAUUAUAAUUAAGAGAAGUAAGAUAAUGUCAUGUUAUUGUAUAAUGUUUUGAAUUGAUAGCUGAUUUUAGAAAAUGCAGGGUAUUCAGAUGAAGGUUAUUUUUAUGAGAUUUUAUGGCAUGGUAAAAUAUAAUGCAACUGUGAAUGAAUUUGUAGAUAAUGUACUUGUGUAGUUUAGUUUGAUUUCUGUAAGACAUGCCACGUGUUUAUUGAUAUUUUGCAAAAUGAUUUCAGAGAAUACAACCUUUAAAAUUGUAUGCACUUUAAAAGAAGCAUAAAACUCUAGAAAAAAAGAAUAAGUGAAAACCGGAGAAAAAAGCAGUCAAGGAAUAAUUAUGAAGAUUUUAAUAUCUUCUGUGUAUUGGUAAAUAUCUCGAGUGAAAUUGAAUUAAGGCUAUAGAAAAUCUGAAAAUCAGCCCUUUAGCUGAAUGAGGAUAUAAACAGUUUUAGGUCUGUGAACAUUAGGUGAAUUUAGGAUUACCAAUUAUCUUACCACUUUUUUCCAUUUUUUUCCCACAAUCUUGAUUUAGAUUCUGUUUCUUUUGAAAUACAUCCAUUUUGGGGCUUUUAUUCAUUAUUAAACAGGGUUAUUAUUAUUUCGCUGGUAAUAUGAAAACUAGUGCAUCAUAAUCCAAUUGUCUGAUUAUUUUCUAACCUUUUCAAGUUGAUAUAUUUAGUUUUUAUAUGAUUAUUGCAUUCCACUUUCUGUUCUAAACAGGAUCAAUUCAGAAUAUAUUUUCAUUUUUUUUUUUGUAAUUUUGAAACAAGUAACCUCUCAUUUUGUAAUAAAAUUACAAUUCAUUGAGUUGCAGUGGGACAUUUAGUCCUUUGAAGUAAUGAAGUCUUAGACAUUAGUUAUUAGUUUGCUUUUGUAGCUGUAGGCACUGUCGGCUUCUUGCAAUACAUGUAGGCUUGUUAAGAUAUAAUAGGGCACUUUGUGGAACACCAGUCCAGUAGUUUUUAUUACAGCACAUAGCCUCCAAAAGGUCUGUUAUAUUGAGAUUACCUAGCCACCUCACUAUUUUCUAUUUAUCACCCUUUAAUUUCUAAUGUAAUCAUGAAAUAAUGAGAUCUGAUAGCAUAUGACAUUGAAUUGGAAAUAUCAUUAGUUCCUCAUUCAAAUGGCUGUGUACAAUUCCCUUGUAUCAGAGUCAGUGUUUGUAUUUUACAUAUUUCAGCAAUUUCUAAACCAAUUUGAUCCAUCAAAUGUUACCUCUGUUUCACUUCAUAAUCUAUGAUCUAACAUCAAUAGGUAGUCAUUUCUAUUCUAGCUGAAUAAGUAGUCUCCUCUCCCACUACUAUACAUCAUAUUUCAUCCUCAUUACAAUUUCUUUCAGAGAGGACUUAAAGCCAUAUGUCAUUUGGUUGCUUACUUCGACACAUUUAUACUUCCUUUGCAUUAGGGUAAUUAAAAAUCAAUUGCAUUAGAUUAGGGUUAUUGAAAUCAAUUAAAAUCUGAUAGAAAUAAUCCUAGGCCACCACUCAAAGAAAUAUAGUUAAAUUGUUUUUUUUUAAGCUUUUCAAGGAAAUAUGUUAUAUCAUUCUAGCUGGAUUAAGGAGAGUCCAAGUAUUGCAACUUAAUAUUUGAGCAAAUUCCACAAUUCAGCAUGUCAUACACUGUUUGAGAUAUUGCACGAUAUUUUUUUUAAUGUAGCAGAUGUUCAACAAUCAUAUUAAGUGUGUAUGUGUGUUUUGUUCACAAUAUUGUCUUCAUGAUUGUCAUACAUGGGAUUGUUUCUUGAAUGUUUGCAUGAAAUGUGAUUAGGGAGUUAAUAUGCAUGGUCAGUACUAGGCUGCAUGAUAUGUAAUGAUAUGUAAUCACAAAGUAUUUCUUGGAAAAAAUGUUUUGUGUCUUUGAAAUUAUCUUUUGAAAGCAAAAUGUCACAAGCAUUGAAAGAUGUUAUACUUUGUACAAUUUUCUUUUCAUGAAAUGAUACACAAAAUACUUUGUAAAUUUAUGUUUUUGUAUAUAUAUUGGGGCCUAUAGGGUCUGUUAUAUGGCAAGAAAAGUAGCUUAGCAUGUCUGUAACCUUAGAUUAUAAAAGCUUGCAAACCAUCA